AUGGCAUCCAUUAGCAGCUUCUGUUUGGCCUUCGCCUCACUGGUGGCGGCGGACUGUGAAGCACCCAGCAGUUCCAAGGCCUUGUUGCAAUCCAAGGUCCAUGUCGAAGAUUCGGAGCAUGGCACCGUGGACAAAUCCGGCGCAUGCGACUAUGACGUCUACAUUGGCCGCAGCGAUUGGGGUUGGGACAAGCAUUGGGCCAAGCGCAUCGUUCCGGCGCCCAAGGGCGAGACCUUUCACUUCGAUGGCUGCAGAGAGGACGCGGGAUGCGGGAGUGGUGGCAUCCACGUCCUGCGGGAUUCCAAUGGCAACGAGGUGGGCACCGGCACCUGUUGCAGCGGCCUCACCAACAAGGUGCUGCGUGUCAUCAGCAACGCUUGUACGGACAAGUGCCUUUAUACCCUGGACAUCUACCGGGGUGGGCCCAAUAACUUCGCAAAAUGGUUCCAGAAGAACUCGACCAAACCGCGCGGAGAGACCUUUGCCUUUACGGGUUGCAUCACCGACACCGGCAACGGACAGAAAUGCGUCACAGAUUACAAUGUGGCAGAUGGCAUCCGCUAUUACACCGACUUCAUUGGCAACAGGAUUGGCACAGGUUCGUGUUGCGACUCGGAGACCGACAAAGUGGAGAUCGCCGAAGUAUCCUGUCCCAAAAGCUGCAGCUACACACUCCAUAUCAUCAGCAAGUACGCCGGCUACACCUCCGUGACGGGUCUCGAAGAGAUGGACCUGGGCAGUUCCAACACCAUCUCCGGCAGCAAAGUGGUGGAAGAUGCGGAGAACGAGGAGUUCACGGUGGACGGAUGCUCCACAACAGUUCCCCAGGGCAAGGUCUGCAAGGAUAAGCACGGCGUUAGUGGAGGAGUUCGUGUCAUAAAGAACAAGAAAGGACAGAUCGUGGCCACCGGAGAUUGCUGCGCCAGCGACGCCCGCAACGAUGUGAAGCAGGUGAACGGUGCCUGUACUACCUCGCGGUGA